AUGGCACACCAACCCACCAACCACGAAGGUUCUCCGCUUCUCCAUGACAACAGCAGCUCUCCAGGAGACGACGAAACUACCCGUAAUGUCGAUGAAAAGAUGGAUACGCGCCUGAUGUUGAAGAUUGCGGCAGCAAUGUACUCUUUCACCACACUCGGCCUCUUCAACUCCUCAAUCGGCACCGUCCUCCCUCUCCUCUCCUCCUAUUACCAUCUCACCGACCUCCAAGUAUCUUGCAUCUUUCUCGUCCCGCCCAUCGGCUAUGUUGUAGCAGCACAGUGUAGCGAUACCGUGCAUCACCGCUUUGGUCAACGAGGAAUCGCAGUUGCAGCGCCUUUGUUACAAAUCCUGGCUACGACGAUAGUAGCAACGCAUCCGGGGUUUGGGUGGGUGCUAGUUGCCUUUAUGUUCCAGGGGCUGGGAACGGGGCUGCUGGAUGGGAGUUGGUGUGCGUGGGCGGGGAGUAUGGAGAAGGCGAAUACUGUGAGCGGGCUGUUGCAUGGGAGUUAUAGUGUUGGUGGGGCGAUGGGUCCAUUUAUCGUUACUAUUUUGAUCACCAGGCACUUUCCGUGGUGGACCUGGUAUUCUAUCUUGGCUGGAGCAUGCGCGCUCUCUUUCUUGGUUUUAGUCAUGGCAUUCCGUAACGAAACCGCAUCCGUCUACCGUGAAAGCAAGCAGUCGAAAAUCAACGAUUCCAAGAUCGACGUCAAGGCCGUGUUCAGAUACCGAGCUACUUGGUUCUGCGCAGCGUACUUUCUCACUUACGUUGGUAUCGAGACAGCGAUCUCGGGGUGGAUCGUCUCAUUCAUGCUGCGCAGCCGCCACUCAACCGCUUACGUCGCUGGUCUGUCUUCUACGGGGUACUGGAUUGGCAUGGCUGUUGGACGACUCACGUUAGGUUUUGCAACAGAUAGAAUGGGGGUGCGGCGCGCGACUGGUUUGUACUUUGUUCUCGCUAUUGGGGUAGAUAUUCUCUUCGCUGCUUUGUCAUCUGCAGCUGCUUCUGUGGCGCUGAUGACAAUGCUAGGGUUUAUCAUGGGUCCGAUGUUUCCGUCAGGAGUUGUUGUGCUUACACGAUUGUUGCCGGCAGAGUUGCAUGUUGCCGCUGUUUCCUUUGUGGCUUCUCUAGGUCAGGUUGGAGCAGCGCUUUCACCGUUUGCUAUCGGUGCUGUUAUCGACGGCAUGGGUAUUGGUGUCUUCCGGUUCGCGAUAGUUAUCGAGACUGUGUUGGCGUUGCUGGUAUGGGUUGCUUUUGCAAGGCUGCGUCCCGCUUUGCAAGUUGUAUCUACUGCGCGCCAUGAGGACUGA